AUGUCGCGAUCUCGCGUUUUGGUAUUCACGUUCAUGGCGCUCUUCAUCCUCGCUGCAGUGGUCGAUUCCGCUACAAUCGUUCGACGUAGCAUCCCAGAAGUUUUCAACUCACCUUUUCAUGUUCUUGGAAAACGGAAUCAAUUUUAUGGAUUGUUCAAGAAACUGAACUAUGAUUCCGUUAAACCGGCUUUUCUUCACGAUGGAUUCGGAUGGCAUCAUUGA